AUGAAAACACUUGUUCUAUUACUUCUCCUUCAAUUCCAUCAAAUCACCUGCUCCAAGAAUUCCUCCGCGAACAAAGAAGUGAAUUGCCAUGACUGGUUUCCCGAGCCAAUCACUUAUCGAUUGGACGAGUCGCAUUCUCAAUUAACUCUUGAUUUCAAAAUUGUCGAUGAUUUGAUUUCUGAUCGAGAAAUCAAUGAGUCCAAUCAAAUUGUCGAAGAUUAUGUGAUUAGAAUUUUGAAUAUGGAAAAUGGAUAUGGAGGUUAUUCCGAUAUUCUUGGCAUCGUUUUCAAACAUUUGCCGACCGUCCGCCAAUUGAUCAUCUCCAUAUUCUGCAUCAAUACCGCAGUCAUCAUUUUUUCGAUAAUUUGGAAAUUGGGAUUUUCUGAAAUUUUCGAAGUCCUCGGAAUUGCGCUUCGCUUCUAUGAAUACCGAUCUGGUCUCACGAUAAUUCCAAUAUUCUGUUGUCUGGGAUUAUUGAUUUUGACUUCGAAUUUAAGAUCAAGUUCUGGAUUUUUAAUGGACGGAAUUGAUAAUUUGGAAUUGAAAAAUGAUGAAAGAUUUAUGCCAAUCCAAGACCGUGUGGCUCGGAAACUAGAAAUGACUCCCUGUUUUUUCGACAAAGAUUUUGCUCGAAACAUCAAAAUAUGGCGAAUCGAGGAUCGAUAUCUGACCAAAGUUUUGAAUACUACAAUGUUAGAUAAGCUUCUCCCAAUUUCUGAAAUCCAAAAACAACUCGAUGAUCGGGGGCCGUUUUUCUCCCUCAACAAGCCUCUAAGAGUAAUGUUUAACGAUGUUUGUGAAAUUGUAGAAAAGCAUGCGGGACAAAUGAUAUUGAAAUUAGAAGGAGAUUUGAGAUUUGAAAAUCUUCAAUUGGAAGUCGAAAAACUUCAAGAAGAAUACAAAAAAAUUAUUCGAAAAGCAAUCAAUAUUUCGAUUCCAUCCACAAAAGAAGCGAUUGGUUCAAUCGGUGGAUUCGUUGAAAAAUAUCAUCAAAAUGUGAUUUUGAUUCCCAAAAUUCACAUUAUCAAUUUUUACGAAAAGUUUGUGGCGACAACUGUAGCACUUACUGUAGCAGUCAGUGCUACACUGACAGUGCUAUUUGUAUUGGAAUUUGAGUUUAAAACUUAUUUCUAUUUCUACAGGAUGUUGGAGAACGAAGGGCUUGGAUGGUUUUCUAGAAAUGUAGUUGGGAAAAAUUGUGUUCCUUUUUUUUGGUCCUGGGUCCUGGGUCCUGGGUCCUGGGUCCUGGGUCCUGGGUCCUGGGUCCUGGGUCCUGGGUCCUGGGUCCUGGGUCCUGGGUCCUGGGUCCUGGGUCCUGGGUCCUGGGUCCUGGGUCCUGGGUCCUGGGUCCUGGGUCCUGGGUCCUGGGUCCUGGGUCCUGGGUCCUGGGUCCUGGGUCCUGGGUCCUGGGUCCUGGGUCCUGGGUCCUGGGUCCUGGGUCCUGGGUCCUGGGUCCUGGGUCCUGGGUCCUGGGUCCUGGGUCCAAAAAGUCUGGAAUUAAAAAAAACUGAAACUUUUGGAAUUUUCGGACCAUCUGAAAUUCUAGGACGUUCAGAAAUUUCCAGACUCAACGCCACCAAAUCCACCAUCUGCUCAUUUAACGAAGAGGUCAAAUUGAAUCCAAUCGAUAAAUCGAUAAUUAGAGAGACGGCUUAUUCGAAAUGGGUCGAGGCGUUGGUUCCAUUGAAAGGUCUUCCAGUUAUUCGAAAUUCUUCUAUGGAAAUCGUGAGAAGUCCCAUGCAGAUUUAUUUGGUUUUUGAGAAUCCCUCGAAAAAAUUGAGACCAACAAUUCUGGAACACAUGCUGGAUAUGGCUGUUGGAAUUGGGAAAAUGGCUCCGAUUUAUUUCAUUUUGUCUAUCUAUUUCAUGUGUAUUCUGCCCAUUAUGAUGGACCAAAAUUCGGAAGAUGGAGGAGGAGGAUCAGAUGAAAAAACGCCAAAAAUCGAUUCAAAAUCGAAAUCGUAA